AUGUGACGACCAGCUCUCUGGAUGUUUCCCUCUGUUGCAGCUGAAGUCUGAGAUCUCAACCAGGAUACCUGAUUUCAUGCAUGUGUCUGUAGGAGCGUGGAUACGAGCUCUGGAGCGGGUCAUAUUCUUUGUUUCCAUGCCGACCCACAGGAUGAUGUGAGUCGGUUGUCUUUGGUGGGCUGAAGGUAGUGAGGUAUCCCGCAGUCCUGAGCACUGCUAGCAUGCCUGUGCAUCAGAUAUCGGUUGUACCCAUCACUAAGGAGAACGGCAACAGCUCCGGCCGGAAUAGAGACAAGAGUAAAGAGAAUGAGGGUGAGAAGGCACCUGGGCGAUCAGGAAGUCGAUCCAGUAAUAUAUCUAAGGCCAGCAGUUCCACCCAAGGAGCCGCUCUGAACAGCGUCUCUCAGACAUCAGUUACAGCCUCCUCCCAGGACAUAUGCAGCUCUAGUGGUCACGCUAAACUUGAUGUAGAUGGCUCAGAUCAGACUACACCCGUCAUGCCCAUAAACCCGGCCUCCGAUCCCGCCCCCACCACAAAACGGCAAGUCAAGCGUCGUGUUCGAAAGCGACGGGAGAGCACCGGGUCUGUUGGGUGUGCCAAGGAGUGCGUGGGCCAGACGAGACAUUCCCGAUCGCAUAAGCAAGUGCACACACACUCUGACUCAUCCUCAGAAGACGAGCAACGCUGUAGAGAAGCUCGUUCUUGGAGCCGCGAGAAAGCGAGACGGAGACGCAGUGGCAGCCGACACACGCAAACGCAUCCCCGUGAGGAACAGGACGGCAUCGAACUCAUGUCUGUCAACUCUGACGAGGGACAGAAAGAGAACCAGCCGCCUCUGUGCAAGGAUCCCGACACCAACGCCCACAAAAAGUUGUUGUCAAAAAGGGAGGAGCGUGGGGGCCAAAGCCAGGCAGCCAAUCACAGGAAAGGGAGUGAGCAUGGUACUAGUAGGAGUGGAAGUGAGGAGGAGGAGGAGCCUAUUACAAAGACAUAUGAGGAGCGAGAUUCAGGAGAUCCAGAUAUGUCUGUCCCAUCCCCCUGUAAAUGCACUAAUCCCACCAAUCAAAAUGGCGCCACGCAACAAGCAUCCACUGAUGAUGAACAAGAGGUGUGCAGGAUCUGUCACUGUGAAGGUGACGAAGAGUGUCCACUCAUCACCCCCUGCCACUGUACAGGAAGUAUGCGUUUUGUGCACCAGACCUGCCUGCACCAGUGGAUCAAGAGUUCCGACACACGCUGCUGUGAGCUGUGCAAAUAUGACUUCAUCAUGGAGACACACCUCAAACCUUUGCGCAAGUGGGAGAAGCUACAGAUGUCUAAGAGCGAGCGACGGAAGAUCUUCUGCUCUGUGGCCUUUCACCUGGCGGCUGUGGUGUGUGUCAUCUGGUCACUCUACGUUCUGAUUGACCGCACGGCUGAAGAGAUCCGACAAGGCAAGAACAAUGCGUUGGUGCGUUUGUCCCCUCUCAAUGCCGUAGGGGUGCUGGAGUGGCCGUUCUGGACUAAGCUCAUCGUGGUGGCGGUUGGCUUUUUUGGAGGACUCCUCUUCAUGUACAUUCAGUGCAAAGUCUAUCUGCAGCUCUGGAGGAAGCUAAAGGCUUUCAACAGGAUCAUCUUUGUACAGAACUGCCCUGAAACCGUCCGCAACGGAGAGAACAGGCCGCCCCCGGUCACCCAGAGCAACGGCACGCACGGGGCAGUGGAGGUUCCCGUACCUCAGACACAAACAAACACAGGAGAUGCGGAGGUGGCUCCUGUUUGAUCAUGGAUGCUUGGUGCCCUGAAACCUCAGAAAAGUCUAGUAAAGGGCUCCUCUAGGUGUUUGUAUUUGACCAAAGUGAUGUGAUUUACAUCAAAUAACAAAAGCACUUUUUAUUUUCCCUGUAGGUGGAUGACCUUAUAUAAGAUUUCAUAGAUGUAUAUGAAAUUAAAACAUUAAUUGUGUGUGCAAUGAUGUCAUUUGUUAUGACAAGGUGUAAAAACAUUAGCGCAAAUAAUCAUACCCCCAAUCCAUAAUUAAAUAGUAUAAUAAGGGAUU